CGGCUUUCCAUGCCACUCUCACUACCAGGUUAUUCGACUCGCGCACACCCCUUUUCUAUUUAACGGGUAUCCAGCCAAUCCCACGACCAUUCAACCCCAGACAAGCACGAUGCACUGCUCCAUUUACCUCGCUUUUAUCUUUGCUGCUGUUACACUCGCUGCACCCCUAGACAGCGUAAAAUCACCAUACCUCCCAAUGAACAGAGGGAAAGGGAGAGGUUACAGUGCGGCUCGUUCCCUGCCCAAAGAUCUUGGAUCUGAGGUUCAUAAACGUGAGUUAAUGGGAUUAGGCGGAAAGCUGUUGGACGUAGCUGCACCUACCUCAGGGAUUGGCAAGCACGGUUUAGGUGGCGAAAGGCUUGGCGUCACUGGCUUAGGGGAUGGAAUGACAAGUACCCCCGGUUUAAGAAAGAACAUGGUUCAAACCCCAGGAUCCUUGGGUGACAGAAAAACCGACAGCUCUUUAUACGGUGGCAAUUCCGGAGACGACAACUGCUGCAUGGUUUAG